AUGAGCAGUUCGGAUGAAGUUGCACUGAAUGAGGGUGAGAUGGAGAUUUCGCCUCCUUGGGGAAGUAUUCCAGUCGAAGCCUAUAUUCUGCAAAAUUGGGAUACGAGCUCUUCAACGGCCCCUACGGAUCAACUUCAACAUCUCGUGCGUCUUUACAUUGGAGCCGGAUAUCAUGAUCCUACCACUUUACCAUCAAUCACACCAACGAACGAUCAAGUAACCACAAUCUUGCAGCCUUGGCGUACCCCUUUUCAAAGAGCCGUGGCGACAGAGCCUGGUCAGAUUGGAUGUAUUUGGCUCCGGACGGACUAUUCAGCACAGUCGGAAGGCGCGCAUGAAUCCUUGUUGGAAAAUGUGGAUUUGUUCAAUACUCUAGAUGACGAAGAUCGUCUUCUCGAUGAUGAAGAUCUCUACGAUUUUGGACAAGAGUGGCAAAAAAUUCUUGAUCUGAUGCCUGAGCUUGUCGUUUCUACUGAUGCCUCAACCUGGCACUCCAGUCAAACCCUGCUCACUAAAGCCGAAGAUGAACUCGACAAGGCAAAAGCAUAUUUAGCCGGCGAAGAUAUCCAAGGUGCACCGGUAGAACUAAUUGAAAGUAUGAGAAAUGUCUUGCAUGCAGAUCAAGCGGGGGAGAGUGUUCUCCGAAUCCUGCGGAGCAAGGUGCACAAGACCUGCGUUGUGAACUACAUCCUUGUAGAAGACUCAGAGGCUCUGGAGACCCAACAGCUUCUGCUGAUUUUCCUUGAUGCCCACGGGAGAGUUGUGAGGUCUUCAAGAGUGCCGCCUGAUCAGACGGAGCAGAUGGGUGGGUUCUGGUUGGAUGGUAGCUGGGACGAGGUGGAUGAAUGGAUGGAGGCAGACAUCGGUGAUGACUACCAGGUUGGUGGUGUCUGUGGGCAUUUGUUGCACAUGUAA